AUGGCGACGAGCGCGAACGAUAUUGACGCUCUUGAAAAGUCAGCCCUCCACCAUGUCGAGGAUGCGCUGGGUGUCGGCGCAGUCGUCGAGGCGAUGAGAGCCACUGAUGAAGAACAUGAGCAAACUCUCUGGCAAGCCCUUCGAGCCAACCGCAAGGCCGUCGGAUGGUCCGUCUUGAUUUCCAUGUCUGUUAUUAUGGAGGGAUACGAUACUAUCCUAAUGGGCAAUUUCUUUGCCCUCCCCACAUUUAACCAAAAAUAUGGCCAGUUCUAUGGGGGUUCCCUCGGCUGGCAGGUAUCAGCUCCUUGGCAAAGUGGGCUCAACAUGGCCAGCACAAUCGGUGCUAUUUUCGGUGGUCUGCUUAACGGCUACAUUGCCAGUAAGUACGGGUAUCGCAAAGUCAUGAUCGUCGCUCUCGGAUUUUUGACCGCUUUUAUUUUCAUCGUCUUCUUUGCCAACUCUGCCCCCGUUCUGCUUGUGGGCGAGCUCCUCUGUGGUCUCUCUUGGGGUGUAUUCGCCACAGUUGGACCUGCCUACGCUUCAGAAGUUUGCCCGACUAACUUGCGUGGAUACCUCACCAUCUAUGUCAACAUGUGCUGGGCCAUCGGCCAGAUGAUUGCCGCUGGCGUGCUUUAUGCUAUGCUGAAGCGGACCGAUGAAUGGGGCUAUCGCAUCCCCUUUGCGCUGCAAUGGAUCUGGCCUAUGCCUUUGAUGGUUAUCUGCUUCCUGGCUCCGGAGAGUCCCUGGUUCCUGGUACGCAGUGAUCGUCUCGAGGAGGCUAAGAAUAGUAUCCGUCGCCUGGGAGGUGACAAGACUGAAGAACAAAUCAAUGGCCAACUAGCGAUGAUGGUUCACACGGCCAAGAUCGAGUCCGAAAUCGAAGCUGGGACUACGUACUGGGACUGCUUCAAGGGUGUUGAUUUACGCCGCACCGAAAUCUGCUGCGUAGCAUUUGCCGGUCAGAUUCUUUCUGGAAGCUCAUUUGCCUACUCGCCUACGUAUUUCUUUGAGCAGGCCGGUAUGGAUCCCAACAGGGCGUUCCAGAUGGGAGUUGGUUGCACCGCAGUGGCUUUUACUGGAGUUGUGUUGUCUUGGUUCCUCAUCACCUACGUCGGCCGGCGAACCUUGUAUGUUUGGGGCCAGGGCGGCCUUAGUACUAUCCUCUUCAUUAUUGGUAUCAUCAGUGCGUCCUCACAUACCCCCGGCGCCAUGUGGGCACAAGCCGGUUUCUGCUUCCUUUGGCUGUUCGUUUUUGCCCUGACUAUUGGUCCUAUCACCUAUUCUCUUAUUUCGGAGACAUCGUCGGUGCGGCUGCGACCAUUGACCGUUUGCCUGGCGCGUACAGCCUACCAGUUAGUGAAUGUUAUCUCGCAGGUGCUGGAGCCUUACUUCAUGAACCCCACUGCCUGGAACGCAUCUGGCAAGACAGGGUUUUUCUGGGGUGCCACAGCACUCUGCGUCUUCAUCUGGGCAUACUUCCGUCUUCCUGAGCCUAAGGGGCGUACUUACGCCGAGCUUGACAUCCUCUUCGCAAGCAAAACUCCAGCCCGCAAAUUUGCUACGACUCACGUGGAUCCAUACGCCGUGGGUGCGUCUGUCUCCCAGGAAGGUCUUGUCCGGAAUCAAACAACACAAGGGAAGGAGUGA